AUUUUACAAGUAUUUUAAUUAUAGAUCUGAACCAAUCCGGAUCCAAAAAAAACCGAACCUGGACUGAAAAUUUAGAAUUACCUAUUGGAUUCAGAAAUAUAAGACUUGAAAGAUCCGGAUCCAAAAAGAACCGACCCAAAGACCCGAACGCCUAAACCUACCAAAAAUCAAAGAAUCAAAAUUUAUAAAUAACUUAAUGGAGCUGAAAAUUUUAAUCCCAAACACUCAGAACUCCAAUGGACCGAAACAACCAGAACUGCCACCCCUACUACUUGGUCAUAUAUAAUCUUUGGUUAUAAACUUAUAAUAUAGCUAAGAAAGGAAGGAAAUAUCACAAAUAGGCCCCACGGCCCAAAUCCAACUCGCGUGAGACAUAACCAUCUUCUGUUUUGUCUGCUUGUUUUUCCCUCCCUGUAUAUAAACACAAUAGAGUGUAAUCUCCCUUCAUCAACCUCAAUCUUCUCUUCUUCAAUUCCGUUAAAGCUCCCUCCUUUCCGUCUCCGUUUCUUUUCAUUUUCCCGAGAAACUUCACAUAUAUAAGAUGCCUGCUAUAGCUUGCGUCGAUACUGGUUACGUUUUUUCCGGCGAUAGCUCUCUCCCCACCGCCGCUGACGUGUUUAUCCCGACCUCACCAACUUCCACCUUCUCCGACAUCUCUUCCCGUUGGAAUCCCUCUCUCUCCGCCUCUCUCUACCGCAUCGACUGUUGGGGAGCUCCUUACUUCACCGCCAACUCUUCCGGUAACAUCUCCGUCCGUCCUCAUGGCUCCGACACGCUUCCUCACCAAGACAUCGAUCUUCUCGAUGUCGUUAAGAACGCGACGGAUCCCAAACCCUCCGGUGGUUUGGGGUUGCAGUUCCCUCUCAUCGUACGGUUCCCUGACGUGUUGAAGAACAGGCUCGAGUGUCUUCAGUCUGCGUUUGAUUCCGCGGUUAAGAGCCAGGGGUACGGUUCUCAUUACCAAGGUGUUUAUCCCGUUAAAUGCAACCAGGACCGGUUCAUCGUGGAGGAUAUCGUGAAUUUCGGUUCUUCUUUCCGGUUUGGUUUGGAAGCUGGUUCUAAGCCGGAGAUCCUACUCGCUAUGAGUUGCUUGUGUAAAGGUAACCCUGAUGCCUUUCUUGUCUGCAACGGAUUCAAAGAUAGUGAGUAUGUUUCUUUGGCUCUCCUCGGGAGAAAGCUUGCGUUCAACACUGUGAUUGUUCUCGAGCAAGAACAUGAGCUUGACCUGGUUAUCGACCUUAGUCAGAAGAUGAACGUGAGGCCUGUCAUUGGGUUAAGAGCUAAGCUUAGAACCAAACAAACUAAUCAUUACGGGUCAAAUUCAGGUGAAAAUGGCAAGUUCGGAUUGACUAGUAGUCAGAUUGUUCGUGUCGUGACGAAGCUUAGGGAGUCUGGUAUGCUUGACUGCCUCCAGCUCUUGCAUUUUCACAUUGGCUCAAUGAUUCCAUCGACUUCGUUGCUCUCUGAUGGUGUCUCCGAAGCUGCUCUUAUUUACUGUGAGCUUGUGCGUCUCGGUGCACAUAUGAGAGUUAUUGAUGUUGGUGGUGGUUUGGGGAUUGACUAUGAUGGGUCUAAGUCUGGAGAAGCUGAUCAAUCUGUUACUUAUACACUCGAGGAGUAUGCUGAAGCUGUUGUAUCUUCCAUCAGGUAUGUGUGUGACCGGAGAUCGGUGAAACAUCCGGUGAUAUGCAGUGAAAGUGGAAGAGCAACAGUUUCUCAUCAUUCUGUGCUGAUCUUUGAAGCUGCCUCGUCAGUUAAACCAACGGCUCAUCAACCGAGUGCUGCUGAUGAUAUUCAGUUCCUGCUCGAAGGUGAGGAGGAUCUAUACGCAGCUGUGAUGCGUGGAGACCAAGAAAAGUCUCUACUUUACGUGGAACAGCUAAAACAGAGAUGUGUUGAAGGUUUCAAAGAUGGUAUUUUGAGCAUCGAGCAGUUAGGUUCGAUUGAUGGGUUAUGCGAAUGGGUUUUGAAGGCUAUAGGCGGGUCGGAUGCGGUUCAGACUUACAACAUCAACCUAUCGAUUUUCACUUCGGCUCCUGACCACUGGGGGACGGUGGGACAGCUGUUCCCUAUAGUUCCUAUCCAUAGGCUUGAUCAAAAGCCUGGGGCUCGUGGGAUCUUGUCUGAUUUAACUUGUGACAGUGAUGGGAAGAUCGUUAAGUUCAUAGGCGGCGAGUCUAGCUUGCCGUUGCAUGAGAUAGACAGCUAUGGAGGUGGGGGAAGGUACUUAUUGGGUAUAUUCCUUGGAGGGGCUUAUGAAGAGUCUAUGGGUGGAGUUCAUAAUCUGUUUGGUGGGCCAAGCGUUGUCCGUGUCUCUCAGAGCGAUGGACCACAUAGCUUUGUUGUAACCAGAGCCGUGCCUGGCCAAUCCUCUUCUGAUGUUCUUCGAGCAGUGCAGCAUGAGCCUGAGCUAAUGAUUCAGACACUAAAGCACAGAGCAGAGGAAGUGAUGCAUACCAAAGGAGGUGGCCAAGAAGACGAAGAUGAGAAUGAGUACAAGAAUGUGGCUGCUUGUCUUGACCGUUCGUUCCACAACAUGCCGUAUCUCGCGACCGAGGAGGGCAUCAUUGAGUAACUACUCUCUUUCAGCUGCGAUCAAUAACCUUGGCUUUUACUACUGCAAUGAUGACGGCUUUGAUGUGGUUUGUAUUUGCAGUUCAGUUAUCAUUUUAAGUUUAUUCAAUAAAUUAUCGGAAUAAUGAUACGACGUGAU